AUGAUGAAGGUCUUUGUCCUUGCCGCACUCUGUGCUGUCACUCUUGCAUUCGUCCCAAUCGACCACAAAUCCGCUCUCGAAACCCUCACCGGACAGGCUCUUGUUGACUACGUCAACUCUGCCCAAUCCCUUUUCACCACCGAACAUGUUGAGGUUUCUGAGGAGGUCAUGAAGUCCCGUGUGAUGGAUGUCAAGUACGCUGCAGCUCACUCCGAUGAAAUCCGUGCCACCGAAGUCGACACUGUCCUCGAUACCAUCCCAGCUUCUUUCGAUUCCCGUACCCACUGGUCUGAGUGCAAAUCGAUCAAGCUCAUCCGUGAUCAAGCCACCUGUGGAUCCUGCUGGGCUUUCGGAGCUGCUGAGGUUAUCUCUGACCGUACCUGCAUUGAGACCAAGGGAGCUCAACAACCAAUCAUCUCCCCAGACGAUCUCCUCUCCUGCUGUGGAUCAUCUUGCGGAAACGGAUGUGAGGGAGGAUACCCAAUUCAAGCUCUCAGAUGGUGGGACUCUAAGGGAGUUGUCACUGGAGGAGACUACCACGGAGCUGGAUGCAAACCAUACCCAAUUGCUCCAUGCACUUCCGGAAACUGCCCAGAAUCCAAGACUCCAUCUUGCUCAUUGUCUUGCCAAUCCGGAUACACCACUGCCUACGCUAAGGACAAGCACUUCGGAACCUCCGCCUACGCUGUUGCCAGAAAGGUCGCUUCUAUUCAAACUGAAAUCAUGACCAACGGACCAGUCGAAGCUGCCUUCACCGUCUACGAAGACUUCUACAAGUACAAGAGCGGAGUCUACAAGCAUACCGCCGGAAAGGCCCUCGGAGGACACGCCAUCAAGAUCAUAGGAUGGGGAACUGAGAGUGGAUCUCCAUACUGGCUCGUUGCCAACUCAUGGGGAAAUAGCUGGGGAGAGAGCGGUUUCUUCAGAAUCUUCCGUGGAGACGAUCAAUGCGGAAUUGAAUCUGCCGUCGUCGCCGGAAAAGCCAAGGUUUAA